AUGGAGGAACUCAACAUGAGUUAUAAUUUGAUUGACAGGACAUUAGGCACCAACUUGGGAAAUCUUUCCAACUUGAAGCGGCUCAUCUUGGAUUAUAACUUAAUCCAUGGAGAGAUUCCAACGCAGAUUGGAAACCUCACUAAUUUGCAAUGGCUUUCACUAUCCAAUAACAAAAUUUCUGGAGCAAUUCCACCAUCACUAUCACAUUUGAAAUGGUUAACGCUUUUGGAUUUGGGACAAAAUUUGCUCACAAUGGAGUUACCAACUGAGAUUGGCAACCUUUCCAACAUAGAAUUGUUGCUCUUAAAUAACAAUAAUUUGUCUGGAGAGAUCCCACCAUCAAUUCAAAAAAUGGAACAAUUAGAAGAACUUGAUUUAGAAAAAAAUUUGUUCGCUGGUGAGAUCCCAACAUGGUUGUUCGAUUUCAACUACCUCAAAGACUUGAAUCUUGGGGAAAACAAACUUGUUAUGAAAAAUGGGAGAAUAGCUCCAAGGUGCAUGUUAGUGGAGCUAUCAUUGAGAUCUUGCAAUCUUUCAGGGCAAAUUCCCAUUUGGAUUUCCAACCAGACCCAGCUUUGGUUCUUGGACUUGAGUGACAACAACCUUGAAGGAACUCUCCCUAAAUGGUUAGCUCAAAGAAAUAUUUCAAUUUUGCUUUUAUCAAACAACAAGAUUUCAGGUUCUCUGCCACCUCACUUAUUUCAGUCUCAGUCUUUAAAUAUUCUCGUACUUUCAAAAAAUAAUUUGUUAGGAUUAUUGCCAGAUACUAUGGGUCAAGCCACUAAAAUGAGGAUACUCAUUUUGUCACGGAACAAUUUCUCUGGACCAAUUCCUACAUCCAUCUCAAAUAUGCUUGAACUUGUGUUGCUGGAUUUGUCAAGCAACAGAUUUUCAGGCAAUAAAUUUCCAAUGUUUAAUCCAAAUUCGUUAUUGCUUUCUGCUGAUCUUUCUUCCAACAAACUAUCUGGUCAGGUUCCUACAACUUUUUCUUUGGGCAUAAAAGUGCUUUUGUUAAGCCAAAAUGAGUUUUCUCACGUCUUGCCUCAAAAUCUCUCAAAUUUGAACCAGUUGGAAUAUCUUGAUCUCCACAACAACAACAUUGGAGGUGAAAUACCAAAUUUUCUCUCUCAGAUGUCUUCUCUCCAAAUUUUGAAUCUUAGAAAUAAUUCUUUUCAAGGGUCAAUUCCAAUUCAUUUGUCAAGUCUUAGCACUCUUCAAAUACUUGAUCUCUCUUCCAAUAACCUUAGCGAAAUAAUCCCACAUACUUUAGGAAGUCUUUCUAGGAUGAUCAAUCAUCAUGACGUAUCAUCAAGUAUUUCAUCAAAUGUCACAAGUCAAAUUAUUGUCAUUCCUGAAAAUUGGUUUUUGAUUCAUACAAUUUCGAUAGCAAAACAAACUGAUUUGUUAUUGCAUGAUUUGGAAGUCUUCUGGAAGAAGUUAAUGCGAGGUCUACCAAAUAAAAACCUUCAACUAUAUACUCUUUUAGAUCUAUCUAACAAUCAAUUUUCAGGUGAAAUUCCGAACAGUUUAGGUGGGUUGAAAAAUUUGAAGUCACUGAACUUAUCACAAAACAAACUCUCUGGAAGAAUACCUUUGAGUUUUGGUGGUCUGCAAAGCUUAGAAAGCUUCGAUUUAUCACACAACAAUCUUUUUGGUGAAAUUCCCUACACAUUGGCAAAUAUUUUUGAGCUGAGUUACUUAGACUUGAGUAACAAUAAACUAGAGGGUCGCAUACCAAGUGGUCCUCAGAUGGAUCGGAUGAACGACCCAAAUUCUUAUGCCAACAACAAUGGAUUAUGUGGAAUGCAAAUAAAGUAUCAUGUGAGAAAGUUCCUUCUCAUCCAAAGCUGA